AUGUGGGGCUGCUCCACAACAAUACAGUCGAGGGAGGUCUCCAUUGUACGAAACAACUUCCAUGGCGGGCUGGUCGCUGUGUUGACGGCGGUGGGCGGAGGCUCGGGGGAGGUCGCCGUCGUACAAAGCAGCUCCCAUGGCAGGCUAGUCGCAGUGUUGACGGCGGAGAGCGGAGGGGCAGGUUGCGGUCGGAUUCAGGAGAUGAAGGUCGUGUAUCCGCCGCCCGCCGCCAACCGCGACGCAGGAGAUGACGGCCGUGUAACCGCCGCCCGCCGCCAACUGCGACGCAGGAGACAACGGCGUGCCUCCGUCGUGCAUCGGCAACCAGUUUCGUCGGCAUCUUCCCGCCGAUAUUCUCAGAUCCGGUCGUCGUUGGCCGCAUCGAGCUCAUCUGAGGUGGUGCCGCUCCCGCAUCCUCUCCCUCAGGAGGUGCCAGCGAGUGGACCUACGAGGCAGAAGCAGAUUUCAGAGACAAGCACUUGUCGCCGGAAUACACGGCGCCGCCGCCUUGGGUGA